AUGGACCACAUACCUCGCCUGUCAGAGGCUGUCUAUGUAGGACUGUGUCUUAAAAUUGGGAGUCCUACUGAAGUGAGGAUCAGGAGAGUAGUGAUGGACACUGAUGAGGUGGUUAAUAAACCUUUCAACAUCAUGAAAGGAGUCAAAGGACUUGACAUAAUGAGGAGUGGAAGUAGACGUGAGGGAUUCAGAUUGAUAACCUCUGAUCAUGAUUUUAUGUUUUGGCCUUUAGACCACAAUGUGAUAUGUGAUCUCUCUCAGAUCAGUCUCUAUCGUAUCCCACAACACACUGUAAUUCUGAUGGAAUGUGAUGAUCUACCACCGGGGUUUACCAGACUUAAUUUGAUGAGUCCUUCUAAUGAUGAAGAAGUUAGGUCAUCCUGUGUAGAGAUCAAUAACAAGGUGUAUAUUUCUAGUACAUUAUUUCGUGAAAAUCACCUACGGGUCAUACAGACCUUUAAUUUUAGCUCUUCUUCUAUCUCUCAUGGACCUUGUUUAACAUAUUGCACGGGUAAUAAAGAAACAGACUGUGCAUUUUGUUUUCGAUCCUAUCACUGGCCAGCAUUAGUUUUUGCCUGGAUACAUAGGUGUCGACGACAAAGAUGGCCGUCCGAGGUUGUUUUAUCAAAUAUAUUAAGCUCAGGAUUCCAUGUUGUUCCUGUUGGCAGUACACCUGAAAGCAAUCAAGAAUGGAGACUUUCAUUCUCAAUGGCGGAACAAAAGUUAGUUUAUUCAAUGAACCACACUCAGUUUUUAUGUUAUGGUCUGUUUAAAAUAUUUCUUAGAGAGGUUGUCAAUUUAAAUGAAGGUUCGCCCGUUCUAUGUUCAUACUUUAUAAAAACGGCUGUAUUUUGGGUAAUUCAGACUAACAACUCCUUGACUUGGACACCAGAAAACGUAUUGCCUUGUUUCUGGCGAUGCUUUAAAUUAUUGAUAUUUUGGGUAUUUAUUGGAGAAUGUCCAAACUUUUUUAUUCCGGAAAAUAAUAUGUUCCGAUUUAAAGUAACCGGAUCCAUGCAAACAUUACUGUUUAAUAAUUUGAACGAAUUGUAUUGCAAGGGUAUAUCAAGUCUACUACUGAGUGAAACGUUACGACCGUUCCUCAGUCAGGCCAUUUUAUACAGAGGAUUGAGAGUUUGUACUGACGAGGGUAGUAUCAUUACUAACACUGAGCUUGACAUUACUUUAUUUGAGGAACUCCAUGAUUAUAGCCAAAGAGUUUCAAGUGUUUCAGUUUUCGCAGCUCUCAUGAGGAACAUUGAAAUGGUUGUUAGUAAAAGAUUGACGCCAUACCAGGAGGCUACAAUACAAUAUAUUACAUCAGAAGUACUACAAAACACUGCCAUGUUGAACCUGAGUGUCGUGUGUUCAGAUAACAAUCGCAAUAAGGUUUAUUACAAAGCUAGUAGUGUAUCCAGAUUGUUAAAACUGUCAUGUGCAUUAGGUUGCGCCUCAAAUAUUCUUUAUCAGGCAAUGUACUUCAACAAAACGUGUAGAUAUGAAAAGUCACUCAGUUAUUUACAGAAAGCUCUUAACAGAAUAACAAAGCCAUACGUGAUGCACAUGUACAAGAACAGUUAUCAUGUAAAUGUAGACAUGUUUAGACGUUGCACGAUGGGGAUGUCUCUAGGUCAUAAAAUGAGGAAUGCUUUAGUGACAGAUAUUGCGUUAUACAGUUGGUACAUAUACAUAGAUGAACUAGUACUAGAGCAGAAGACCAGUAACGAUAAUGGUAUAAAUAUAUUGUUCAUCCCGCCUCUAGUGACGUUACACAUGUUAUUUAUACUGAAUCACCACAGACUGGGUGACACAAUGACGUCACAACAAUCUCUACAGGAUCUACAGAAUCUGCUGCUCUAUGAUGACGGGGUUUAUGCACCUCCUCUUGUCAGAGAUAUUUCUUGGCAAAUUCUAGGAAUCUGUCAACAAACUUGUGGAGAUUUUCAGGGAGCUCUAGAAUCUUAUGAGCAUUCGUUACAACAAGAUCCAUAUCACAAAAUCCAGGAAGCAACACUAUUUAGAAUUAAUACACUUUCUCGAAGAUUGAUUUAUUAA